CCUUCGUUUCCUCCUCCUCCUUUCUUUUCGUUUCACUCUCUUUCUGUCCAUCCCCCUCCUCCUGUUGGUCAGUCAGUUACAACUCUGGAAAGAAACAAGCAGAAGGACUUCUGGACCAUCUCAAAGAAGGAGGAAAAACCCCUGGAGUCCAAAACGGAAAGAGGAAAACAUCAUGGCCCAUCCGACUGAAACAGAGUGACGGAAUUGGAGGGAAGACUUUCUGUCCCACGGACCAACCCAUGCUUCAUCUUUAGAAGAAAGUUUAAGAAACAACAAACUCCGGAUCAGUCAGACCACAGUUUUCCCUUCCCUUAUUCUCCCCCACCAAUCACUGCACUUUUCCAUUUCUGAUCCCAGGAAUGCGUCCCCUCAUAUUCCUCAUCCUCCUCUUCCUCCUGACUCCAUCAACUUCCAGGGAGUUGCAGGUCAGAGGUCAAAUGACACCACGAGGUGCUGAGCAGGACACCAUUAAGGUUUUGAUCUCAGAGGGAUGCAACUCCCAGGGAGAGUCUUCUGAUGUGGACCAAGGAGGCAAAGCAAUCGACCUGACUCCAGGUUCUCCUCUGGUCCUGACCCAUAAGAUCAAAUUGGUUCCAUCAGGAUCCGGGUCUGGGUCGUGCAGCUGCGAGGAGGACUUUGCUUCCCUGAGAGAACGACUGGAGAGGCUGGAGGGGGAGGUGUCUAACCUACGGGCAAAGUGUGGAGGAGUGGAGAGAGGCUGCUGCACUUCGGAAAGCAAAGGUGCAGGUUGCACGAUAAAACCAGAGACAGAGGAAUGUCCCAAUGAGUGCAAUGAUCAAGGUCGCUGUGUGGACGGCAAGUGUGUUUGCUUCCCUGGUUACGGUGGGCCUGACUGUAGCCUGUCCAGUUGUCCUGGGAACUGCAAUGACAACGGGAGAUGUGUGAAUGGAGAGUGUGUGUGUGGUCCCGGUUUUUCUGGGCCUGACUGCUCUAGGGCAACCUGUUCAGACAACUGUAGCAACCAGGGUAAAUGUGUGAAUGGCAGAUGUGUGUGCAACAGUGGUUUUGCUGGUCCAAGCUGCUCAGAAGAGUCCUGUCCUGGAAACUGCAAUAGCAAAGGGCGCUGCCUUAAUGGACGGUGUGUGUGUAAUUCUGGAUUCACAGGUCCAGACUGCACUAAACAGGCCUGUCCUGAUAACUGCAACACCAAUGGCAGGUGCGUUGAUGGUAAAUGUGUUUGCUACAGUGGCUUCAAGGGUCCGAACUGCUCUGAGAUCAGCUGUCCUGGAAACUGUAACAACAAGGGCCAUUGUGUUGAUGGACAGUGUGUUUGUAAUGAUGGUUUCACCGGUGCAGACUGCUCCGGAAAAGUGUGUCCUAACGACUGCAACAACAGGGGCCGAUGCAAUGAAGGCAAAUGUGUCUGCAACAGUGGCUUUAUUGGUGUUGACUGCUCUGAAGUAGACUGUCCUGGGAACUGCAACAAAAAGGGACGUUGUGUAAAUGGACAAUGCAUUUGCAAUGAUGGGUUCACUGGUGCUGACUGCUCCAUGAAAACUUGUCCCAACAACUGCAGAAACCAUGGUAGGUGUGUGAAUGGUAAAUGUGUGUGUGACAGUGGUUUUACUGGAGCUGACUGCUCUGAGAUUACUUGUCCUGGCAACUGCAACAACAAGGGGCGCUGCAUCAAUGGGGAAUGUGCUUGCAAUGACGGCUUCAGUGGUCCAGACUGCUCUGAAAUCACCUGUCCUGGAAAUUGCAACAACAGGGGGCGCUGUAUCAACGGACAGUGUGUUUGUGAUGAUGGAUUUACUGGGGCAGACUGUGCGGAAAAGGCUUGUCUUAACAAUUGCAACAGCAGGGGGAGGUGCGUGAAUGGGAAGUGCAUUUGCGAUGUGGGCUUUGCAGGGCCGGACUGUGCUUUCAAAGGCUGUCCCAACAACUGCAACAACAAAGGACGUUGCAUCAGAGGGAAGUGUAUAUGCCGACGUGGGUUCAGUGGACCGGACUGCGGCCAGUGCCAAGAUGGCAUGACUGGAACCGACUGUAACAUCGCAAUGACAGGUGUUUCCCAGCUGAGUACUCGAGACAUCACAGAGUCAUCUGUCACUUUGGUUUGGACUUCACCUCCUGUUCAGUAUGAGACCUACUACAUCACCUUCUCCAGCCAGAAAGAGAAUGACCAGCAGAUAACCUCACAGGUAGAAGGAAGCCUGACCACAUUCACCCAGACGGGCCUGGCAGCUGGUCAGGAGUACAGCGCCACAAUUGUGGGAGAGAUCAGUGGCAGGAGGGGCGCUGAGAGCACGACUGAAUUCAUGACCUUAAUCUCUGGUCCAACCAACCUCCAAGUUGUCAAGACAACUUCCACAUCAGCAGUUGUUCAAUGGGAACCGUCACAGGGGCAGGUUGACAGGUACCGUUUGACCGUCACACCCAAUGAUGGAGCAGGGCAGAGUCAAGGAAUGAUCAUACCACCUGGCCAAACCUCAACUCAUAUUCAGCAGCUGGAAGCGGGACGUUUGUACGACGUCUUGCUGGUGGCGGAGAAGGGCCUGGUCCAUAGCCAGCCAGCUACCACCCAGGUAGUACCUGGUUACACUUUCUCAAGGGUUACUGCAGAGGAACUGACCAUCAAGGUCAUGCAAGCCCCAAAACAAGAUGUUGGCGGUAUGGACCAAGAAUUGGAUCCAGCGCCCAAGGUUGGAGCAUUUGACCAGCAGGGUGGGAGCAAUGCUGACUCUGUAAAAGUCGGGAAGUCUUCAGCAACUAUAGUAGCCAGAACUAAACCACUGGUUAGCAAAAUGGUGACACAAAAUGGUACAAGACCCAGAUAUGUGGGAAGGCCUACAAAAUUCACAGGCUUUUUUCGUUUCAAUGCGACUAAGGUUAUGCCUGGAGAACGAAUUCAUGUGCCUGGUCUUAGACAAAGAAUCCCAAUGAUGCCAAACAAGAGAGAGGAGAUUCAAAUUGAAAAAUCUACUCCAGAUGUCCAUACCAGCAGGGAGUCUAUGACAGACCCCAAUGAGGAGAUCUCACGCUUUGAGAGAAGAGAUGACAAAAACCCAGCUGUAAUGACAGGCAAUAACGCUGAAACAUACCGACAAAGUGGCUCAGAGGAACCAACUAUCGGCUCAAAGAGUCAACCAGAUGUUGGCUUUGCAAAGAAAGAAAGUGACAUGGAUUCAGUGUCUCUGAUGACAACUGGGAAUAUGCAAAGCCAAGAUGUAAAAUGUGUGCACGAGUGCAAGGAAGAGGAAACGGGGUUGCAAGUAAACACAUUAAACUCCAAUCCAAGUGAGGCACCCUCUAGUGGAGAGACAGCUCUCAACAAUGCACCAGAUCCCUUACACAAACUCAUAACCGAUACUUUUGAAAACAUGAAUAUCACCACGAUCUCAGUUCACCUGUCCAGACCUUUAAACCUUUCAGUUGAUGCAGAAAAGGUGAGCACUCAGAUUUUAAGAGGACUAAAGCCACUGGCCUCAAUCUCAUCCUCGUCAACCUUCCGAUCAACCUCACAAUUUUCAUCUCGCUCAUCUGUUGCAGUUAAACCACCAUCCUUACUAACGUAUUUGAUUUCAUCCUCAUCACCUCUCUCAGAUUUAAAAUCAACUACUUCAGCACCACCUUCAUCAGUCUCCUCUUUAUCGCCAUCAUCAUCAUCAUCAUCAUCAUCAUCGUCAUCAUCAUCAUCAUCCAUUUCAGAGGAAUUGGAUUUACUUGGGAGCAACGAACUUGACCCUAUCACUGAAAAACUGGGUUUCAUACGUCGUCCAUCCUCAAACUUUGAAAAUAAAACUCGUCAAACUCUGAGAAUUUCUCACAAAUCCCCCAAUUAUUUGAAUCACACCUCAAAGAAAGAGGCAGAUGUAACUUUACCUGUAAAAGAUGCAAUCAGCAACAAAGAUGCAAAAACAUCACCUGUACCCUCUUUGAUUGAACAACGCCCCAAAACUUUACAGAGGGGAAGAGCAAAUUUCCCUAUCCGACAUCCUUCUCUAAGGGGUAGUCACCAACGUCAGCGUUAUUCAACUUCCCAGAAUAAAACCCAUCCUAAUAUACGGCACUUGACUCAGCCAUCCCAAUCAAUUAGUCCUAAAAUAGAUGCACAUAAACCAAAAUCAUUUCCCACUCAAAUGCCAACCUUGUCUUCUUCUUUUUCUAAAUAUACCCAUUCAUCUGACACUGGUCCAGUAGAUGAAGGAAACGAAGACAGGGUAGGGACAAAGCUGUCCAAUCAUUUCCAUCAGACCACUGGGGGGAGGGACGUGGCUUUUUCUCGUCGCCCGACCUUCCGUCAACCACGUCUACAUGGUCAAUCUUUUCAAAACAAAACUCUUACAAUCUUGAGACGUCAGUAUCCACAUGGAGCUCCUACACGCAAGUUCUUCCAAACUAGAAAGCAAAAUCUGGGCAACUUAAAUCCCAGAAGUCAAACAAAUGAAAUGGAUAAAGACAGUCGCUUUCAAAACCCUCAUAUACAAUCUGAAAACCAGAAUGUCCACAGGUCUUUUCAAGGUUUCCCAUCUAUUCAGUCUGGAGAACAGGGAAAUUACCUCUUAACCCAAAGAACCAUCACAAAUGGCCAAAGAACUGCCAUCAACACACAGAGAAAAGAGUUGGAUAAAGGAGGCAGACCUCUGACUGAAGCAGAAACAGGCACCGAUCCCGACAGCCACAUGGACAAAUACCAGCCCAGCAGGAAUGCAGCUGCAAAUCAAGGUAGGCCAGUCAUAGCACCCAAGAGAAAACCUUCAUCAAUAACCGUUACAGAAAAACUUCAUGACACCCAAACAAAUGGUGGGCUUUCAGAAAAAAAUCUUCCAGUGCAAAGUUCAUUUGCAACUGACACUGAAUUGUCAAAAGGAACGGUGCCAAAAGUUUCUCCUCCUGAAGUCACAAGAGAAUCUCUGGACUUUGUCGGAGUCACAAACCGCACAUCGGCUGGAUUGACACUGGUAUGGGACUCACCGCAAGGAAAGAACAAAAAGUUAGUUCGUAGUGGAACUGAAUCUGUGAAACGUGAAGAGUUACAAAAGAUCAUAAAUACACAAAAACAAGAUAAAGAUCAACAAAUCAAAGUGUUAGCAUCAAAUAACAGAGACCAUGAAACCUGGGUGCCUGACGAGUUUGUUACUCAAGCCCCAAAAACCCAAGGUAGCACAGUGUCCCAAUCAACAAGCAGUGCCGGCUCUUCCCACUCUGAGCAUCUGCCUCCGCAGACGGAUUACACCUUGACCUUGCUUGGAAAAGGUCCUGGCCUUCUGUCCAGACUGCAGAAGCUUGUCAUCAGUACAGGCCCAGAGCCCCCAUCUAACAUCGUAUUCAGUAAGGUGACAGAAAAUUCUCUGACAGUGUCUUGGACCAAACCAAAAAGUCCUGUUAGCGGUUUCAAAGUCACAUACAUCCAUGCAGAUGAAGGUGAACCAGUUUCAGUGUCAGUGGACUCUGAGGACUCCACCCUCGACUUGUCUCAGCUUUCUCCUGGAUCCUCAUAUGAGGUCAGCGUUAUCUCCACCCUCGGAUUGGAUGAGAGCGAUCCAAUCAAAGACUUUGUCGUGACUCUCCCUGACCCUCCCACAGACCUGAAAGCAGUGAAUGUCAAUGACACCAAAGCUUUGUUACUGUGGCGUCCAGCUCUGGUUGCUGUUGAUAAGUACACCAUUGUCUAUGGUGCAGGUACAGGUUCAGAAAUCAGGGUUACCGUUUCUGGAAAUGCAGCUGAGCAGCAGCUGAGUGGUCUGCAAGGGUCCACCACUUACACCGUCACCAUCACCAGUCAGCUGGGCAGCUUAGAGAGUUCACCCACCAGAACCAGCUUCACCACCACCAGUGGCUCCAUGCAGGAUACAGAUGGAGCACAAGACCUUCAGGCCAAGAACGUCACCCCUCGCACGGCUCUGAUAUCUUGGACACCAUCAUUGAAGCCAGUAGAUAGAUACAUACUGGUCUACAAAGCUGAAGGAGAAGAGCCAAAGGAAAUCAUCGUUGGACCCAGCAUAACUCAGUAUAAGCUGAGCCGACUUCAUCCUGGCUCCUUGUACAGUGUGGACCUACGGACAGUAAGAGAAAACCGACUGAUAGCCAACACGUUUGCCAAAUUCACCACAGGAACGCUAAGGUUCCCCUUCCCCACCGACUGCUCCCAGGAGCUGCUGAAUGGCAUCCUCACUUCAGAUGUGGUGGAGAUCUUUCCUCAGGGGAGAUCUGGAAAAUCAGUGAUGGUGUACUGUGACAUGGAGACGGAUGGUGGCGGUUGGACGGUGUUCCAGAGGAGGAAGGACGGCUCGGUGGAUUUCUACCGAGGCUGGAACGAUUAUGUUAAAGGAUUUGGAGAUCUGAGUGGAGAGUUCUGGCUUGGUCUUGAGAUUCUCCAUAACUUGACAACAAUGACGAAGAUGAAUCUACGAGUUGACCUACGAGACGGAGGGGAGACUGUGUUCGCUCAGUAUUCAAUGUUUAGUGUGGCCAAGAGGAACUACAAACUGACCGUGGAUGAGUACCGAGGAACUGCAGGAGAUUCUCUGAGUUACCACAACAACUGCAUCUUCUCAACCAAAGACAGAGACCCGAUACCGGGGAUCACUCGCUGCGCCAUUUCCUACCAAGGAGGCUGGUGGUACAAGAACUGCCAUGCAGCAAACCUGAACGGCCUCUACGGAAUCGACUAUAAACAUCAAGGUGUGAUCUGGAAGUCAUGGAAAGGUAAAGACCACUCCAUCCAGUUCACGGAGAUGAAGAUGAGGCCUGCAGCCUUCAGGAUUCCAACCAGAGGAUGAGCGUGAGAAAGAUUUACACACUUGUGUGUCACCAGGGGACGUUGUGCUCAUUUUGAGAGGAUGAAGACUUUUUUUUCCAUGUGUAUAAAAUCAGUUAUCAGUAUAUUACUGUAGAUUGUACAGAUUUCUCUUCUUCUCAGCUAUAUUUUCACAGGCACACAUUGAAAGGUGCAGCUCUGACCAAAUAAAGAUGUAAAGUGAUUACAAAUGGCAUCCUAGUUUAGUAAAGCUAAACGUUUUUAUCUGAAGGUUUGCUUUAGAUUUAAGUAAAUGUGUCACUAUAACUAUCAGAACCAGAAGUUAAUGCAGAAAGAAAUGAACCGAUGCAGGCCUGAGAACCGUUCAUCCAGAUCCUAAACGGAACUGCGUCAGACAAACAAGAGGCGGAGUCAUCAGCUUUACUUCAUUAAGGAGCUUGACUCACGUAAAACCUGACCAGAGCUGUUUGUGUUCUCCGACUUCAUUUUCUUCUGUAAAUAAAAAUAACUGAUGGGUGUUUGUAAGGUUUAGAUCCCUUUUACUCGGGGGGUCAUUUUUACUCUCCAUGCAUGCCUGUUCUGCAUUUCAGUGUUGUCGUUUUGAAUAUUUAGAAAGUUGUUGUGACAGUUUUGAAAACAAACACAUUCUUUUGAACUUGUAUUGUAAAAAGUAAAUAAUCUGUUUUGUAUUUCUGGUUUAAUUCUACUGAAGUGAAACCAGCAACUGGUUUUUGAUGCUCCCAGUGCUAGAAAGCUUAGCAGCGCCCCCAGCUGGUCACUGCUUGACUCUUCAGGUGUCCUGCACCUGCUGUGGUUCGCCUGCCACCUGUCCUCUUAGUGUUUGUCCUCUGUGAGAUGCUUUGUUGUUAUUUGUCCACAUAUUUGUAUUUUAUUAUUAUUUUAUAUGUAUGAUGUCUUCUAAAGAAUAAAAUACAACAAUAAACUGACUUUGAAAAAUAUAA